AUGGCUCGGAUUCUUGGUAACAAUGAAACGGCAAAACUUGCGAAUUUUGAGGGGUCACAUUUAGUGUUCAUGCUUGGUAUGAUCUUGGCAUCGAUGUCUAUAAUGGCUAUGAUCAUCUUUGUGUGCGGUGAUCAUCCGGAUAAUAAUCAUAACAAAAACUCCGAUAACAAGAAACGUAGUCGUCCAAAGGCUCGUCCCAAUGUUUCAUCCGAUCCCACUAAUUAUACUUCGCAGUCUUCAAACCCUUUUUUGUUUGUGGUCCCAACAGCUACUACUAGUGAUAAUAAUGCCGGAGGAGGCAAUCACCACCAUCAUGCUGGGACCGGGCACCACCAUUCAGGAGGAGGAUACGGGGGACACCAUGGGGGAGGAGGUUGUGGGGGUGGAGGAGGGGGAGGUGGUUGUGGAGGUGGAGGAGGUUGUGGCGGCGGCGGCGGCUAA